ACACAGUGGUACCGUAUGACGGACCAGGAGAGAGAUCACCUCUGACUGCAUGUAACGGCAGUCUAGUGGAGGCCGAGGGCGGUACUCGAUACGACUCUCUCACUUGUCCUUACUCAUUCACUUACUUACUUACUGACUUGCAGUACCUCCUACACUUCAUGCAUGUGCUCGCCCCUUCUUCUCAAUGCACCACAAUCACUCCAUCUCCCACGCAUCCGAACUGCCGCCUUUAGGUUAUUCAGUCAUUCGAUCUAAUUUGAUUUACUCUCCUUUUUCGUUGUUUCCGCCAGCAGCAACUGCAACGUGCCGGAGACCGGCCACAUCGCAUUUUAUCUUUCCAGCGUGUAUUGGCGUAGACGAUAUCAUUAUGCAAACAGCAUUCACUGGACAAAGCGUCUUUCCAUAGCCUCGCAUUAUCGUUUAUUGACAUAUCAACAACUAUGGCGCAGCGUGUGGCAACACCGCAGGGCGCAAAGCGAAAUUUCGCCGAUUUCUUCUCUCCGUCAGGGUUACAUGUGGAUGAAGCCGAAAAUCGACGGCCGCCAUAUCCCCCACCUGGCUCUAUGGGCGGCCUACAAGCACCUCAGGUUGGUGUAGCCGUCGUGACGAUUGACAUGUUCCGGGAUUAUCAAAGACAGGUUGCGGCAAGUUUUGAACGACAGAACAACCAAAUUGGUCUUCUGCAGGAGCGGGUCCAGUCCAUAGAGGGACGCGUCCAAUCACUUGAAGAUGCCGAGGAUAUGGCAAUUGAUGCGGUGCGUGAGAUACGCGAUAGAGUCAUUCCUCGCGUUGAGAAACACGGCGAGACUCUUGACUCCUUGUCAGGAGCCAUGACGCGCCAAAAUAGCAUCAUCGAGGCGUGGGGAAACCUGGGCCAGGAGUUCCGCGCAAGCCAGGGUCGCGAUUCUACCCGACCUAGUCAGCUCGCUUGGCGCCCAGGUCCGCUGGGUGGUUCUAAUGACCAGGCGAAGAGCGCCAUUGAGGAUCUGAAAGCACAAGUGACAAGAAGCUUUGCCAGCUUGGCGGAGCAUGAUAGGCGUUUGGGAGAAAAUGAUGCCCGUUUAUCCACACACGAUAGGCAUUUGACAGAGCACGAGAGACGUAUAGGGGAGCAUGAUACGCGCCUGCAAGCUCACGAAAGGCACUUAAGUGAUCAUAGUACACGUCUGGGAGCGCAUGAUAGGCUCUUCGGAGAGCACAAUGCUCGCCUACGAGUGCAUGAUGGCCAUCUUAGAGAUCACGAUGUGUGCGUAGCGAAACAUAAUGACCGCAUGGGUGGCUUGGAUAAAGCAAAUGAGCAAUUGAGCUCGCGUGUUGCGGUACUUGAACAAAGAACGGAUCAUGGGCUAAGUCCCGCUCAGAUUACAGCAAUCAUGCAGAACCACCAGCAACGUCUCGAAUCGCUGGAACAAAGUUUGCAACGCCACAUAAAAACAUCGCAAGAAACGCAAGCGGCAAAGUCUAGUAGCCCACAGAGCCAAAUACAUUCACUUCCUCGGGACAAGCAAAUUUCUAUGCAGCCAGCAGCCACUCAAACAGAUCAACAGGUCGAUAAGUCUGAAAAUAUGCAGAGCCCCGAAUCAAAAAGCCAGGAAAUCAAAAGACAGGGCGAAGAGACGGAUCACGCCUCAGAAUUAAAUCGACUUGUUGAGCAUUUAGAUGUCAUUGACAAAAGAAUAGCCCCGUUGGAGGAACGAAUAAACCUAGUCGAGAAAGAGUACGAGAAGCUGUCACAAUCCGCUGCGACUCCUGAGAGUAUAUCCAAGGAUGUAGCAGCUGAGGAAGAAGGCCAGUAUGAGAUAUUGAGCCAGACUAACUUCCAACGCCAGGAAGACCUUGUGAGCUUGAGAAUGAACGAAGACACCCUGUUUCUCAUGCAGCUCUUCUCAGAGAAAGACAAGUGUGAAGAUGCUUGUUAUACAGUCCAGAGGGCCUGUGUUCAUAUGUGGUCGUAUCUUCUUUGUCAAAGCCGAAAAGACGAGAGGCUCAUCUCGGAUUUCUGGAAAAGAGACGAUUGGCUGAACUAUCCGACCAUUCUCGAGCUCCAGCGAAACAGUGCUAUGCCAAAGGGCAAAUAUUUUCCGCGUUACGUCUAUGAGAUUGGUGAAAUUUUCAAUCGUAAAGUUGUCACUAAAUACAACGGACGACAGGCUACUCACCGUUCCACCGGAUACCAUCUUGUUGUUGAUGUCAUGAAGCCUGAAAAGUCGCUCUGGCUUGUAUAUCGGUACGAGGAGGUAGGUGGGGACGGUCAAAGCCUGAAACAAAGCAUCACGUACAAGCAAGACAAUUUCUGGCACCCUUUCGCAAGUGUGUGCGAAUUUGAUAUAGCUAUGAUCUUUGAACGCUUUGCAGAUUGGAAAGGCACAGAUACGCCGGUCGGGAGCUUCAUGGCCUCCAAGAAACUCGUGCGACAGACAGCAGCAUUAAUUAGACCUACGUUUAUCGAGCCGGUUCUCCAGGAGCUAAAGGACGAGAUUCGACGAAGUUGGGAAGCUAGUGCUAAGAUAGCAACACUCCGACGAUGAGAAGGGCAGCUUUCUCCAAGGGGUAGAUAUAGUAAGAUUGGUUGAAAAGUGGGGAAAUGAGAAUUUGAAAUGCUCGGUUCUCUGCCAUGGUUUGGUGAGAUCAAUAUCUUACCCUUAGACGGUUGGCCACCUGAGACUAACGCAAACCAAAGGUUCGAUUCAGUGACGCGCCUCUUGGGCACUACUUAGUGAUAUUAAAGAGAAUCGAACUGCUUCUUCAAUGCAGGUGCGCCUAGGAAGAGGAUACCCGUUAGCCGCUCGCCAAACACAGUGGUCAAAACGGCCUUGUUUAGAUUGCUGGGAACAUCGGAAGGCUGUGUAACGUUAACAAACUGCCAUGUCGAGGCUGGGGGUUAGUUUGAGGGGAGGUGGAUCAUUUU